AUGUCUCAAAAGGGUAAAAAUGGGAAUAUUAUGAGUUUCUUCAAACCCAUGACAAAGUCACAAACACCCAAGACCUCCAGAACCUUAACACCAAACCCACCAUCAUCACCACAGCCACCUUCAUCACCAUCGGAACAAAAGUUGGCUACUCCAGUCAAGAAGACGGCAACAAUUCCCCGAGACUUUGAGAUAAAAGAUUCGGACGAAGAAGAUGAUCUUGGAGCAUCCUCAGACGAUUCGCUGGAGGAUCUGUCCGCUAUCCUCGGACGAGGUCGUCCAGGAAAGGCUGCUGGUACCCCCCUCCUCAAUCCCUUUACAACCCCAAGGGCCAAGAGAACUGCAGUUGAGUUUCCUGCGUCCCCAUUGGCGAUAAUGUCCAAGCACAAAUUCGACCUCAAAGCUCUGGCAAAGGAUGCUAGACAGGACGAUGCGACUCAUGCAAGUGCUUUGAAGAUCAAGGCCUUUUCAACUACUGAACAACAUGAGCAACAAAUGUCAACAGAUGAGAUGUCACGGGAUGUGAUGGAGGGCAUUAUCAAGAACAACACCGGUCAAGAUGCCCAGAAAGUAAUGCGAGCUGUUCAGAGGUCAGCACCGGGACACUCACAGCUUCGAUAUUGCUUCUUUCGUGAAGGAUAUGCAAUACCAUCCCCCACAGCUGCCCCCAAAAAGUUUAACAAAGGGCCAUGGAGACUGUUGACUCAAGGCGAUUACCAGACACGUGAGCAACAUCUUGUCUCUGGACUACCUCUUACCAUCUUACAAAUGCAGGGGGGACUCCCGGAUGAGCUUUUCGAAUGGAUUCUGAAUGAGGUUUGCUCCCAAAAGUCAACUCUUGUCAGACGAGAAUACUGUAACUUGCUCAGCUCGUGUCCAGAAGUAGUCGCGCGCAUUGUCACGCCGCGUCGUUUGGAGGAGUUGUUUCGUCGAUUCGGCGCUUCUUCUGAGCUUGAACAACAAGACUCUCAGUUGAAUCUCCUGAAAUCAAGUGCCGAGCCUUAUGAAGGACGCGACUGGUCAUCUCUCAGCUCCUUCUUAUCACUCCUCACAGCCAUCUCGCCCUACAUGUCCCGAGAGUCGGUUGUCUAUGCUUCGCGGACGCUCCUACGUAUGUCAAUGGACAAGUUCUUGAUAUAUGAGAUUGAUUUGUUGGUCACUUACGAAACUUCUAUCCAUGCCCUUCUCGAAGCAAUUCCUCAGCCUGGCUGGGACAUAUUUGUGAGUUACACUCAAGGGUGGCACGCGAGAUUCUUACUGACACGUAUGCAGUGCUCUGAAACAUGUACACAGCUGCACACAUUAGUCAAAGAACAAUGUGUGAGGACCAAUGCUCUUGCGUGUCUGCCUAUCAGCAAAGCCAGAUCUCACGAGCUUAGACGGCGACUGGCUGUAGUGUUUUUGUUCAACGACCCAAGCUUGGGUCGCUACCAUCCCGACGAUGUGGUUACUAUUCGUGGCGUCAUAGCACUCUUGGAUCACGAGGACUUCUUCGUCGGGCCCAAGACAGAUUUCGCCCUCCUCCAGGCCAACAUUAUUCUUAUCAAUAUCGUCGUGGAUGACGGCUCAUUUGCACCAUCUGCUGAUCCGGAGAAGGAAAAACAGUUCAAUCGCGAUGUUGACGAGCUUGCAGUCAGACUGAGGGAAAUCUGGCGAAAGAUCAACGAUGCGGGUAUGAAACUCGCUCGUACAGAAGCCAAAAGCGUCAUAGAAUGGGUCCAGCAGCGACUUGCACACUCAGUCCGUACACGUCGAAAGGCGAAGAAGAGCAUAUUUGAUCUGCCAGGUCAGAAAGAGGAUCCCUUCCUUCCGAAGCAGCAGAAUUACAUGAAGAGCUUCCUCAAGAAAGCACCACAGAGUGUGCCGGAUCCAGUGGCUGAACCAUCCCCUACAGAAUCAGAGGAUGUCUUCCACGAAGCAGUAGACGCCGAUACGAUCGUAGUCAAGGUGAAAUAA